AUGAGCCAGGCCGAGCUGUCCACCUGCGCCGCGCCGCAGACGCAGCGCAUCUUCCAGGAGGCCGUGCGCAGGGGCAACACGCAGGAGCUGCAGUCGCUGCUGCAGAACAUGAGCAGCUGCGAGUUCAACGUCAACUCCUUCGGGCCCGAGGGCCAGACCGCGCUGCACCAGUCGGUCAUCGACGGCAACCUGGAGCUCGUGAAGCUGCUGGUCAAGUUCGGCGCGGACAUCCGCCUGGCCAACCGCGACGGCUGGAGCGCGCUGCACAUCGCCGCGUGGGGCCACCAGGACAUCGUGCUCUAUCUCAUCACCAAGGCCAAGUACGCGGGCAGCGGCCGGUGA